GCCGUCGCAUUGUAUUUAAACUUCUCAUAGAAGUUCUCUUCAAAUUUUAUGAUCCCUUAUGAAUAUAAUAAUAAACUUUGACGUGCAUGGAAGGAGUGCGCCCUGUCGAAAGAGACAAACACAAGUACUUUAAUAAGAAAAAAUGUCUAGACGAUAAGAAGCUAAGUUUGCGCUUUUUAUCCGAAAAAGCUUCUAAUUUUUCUUUUUUGUGGGAUAUAUCUAGUUUUUCUGGAAAGAUCGAACAGUUUGACGUGGCUGACUGGGAGCGCGAAGUUUAUAAAAAACAAAAAUUUAAAAAGUUGAAUCUUUCGAAGCACUCAAAGAGGAAGAGCAAGCGCGGCCGUGAUCUUAUUGAUUUAGAUCUCGUCAGAGGAUCCGCCUUCGUUAAGGUCAAGCCUCCUGGUUAUUAUUCCCGCCUGAAUCGCAAUUUUUUUCGUGUCUUUAUCUUUCCUUUGUACCGCCGCUGGUGGACUAGCGAACUUACGGCUGGAACCUACUUCGUCUGCUCCUUUACGUAUGUCUUCCACGUGGCCUGCAUCCUUGCGUGCGUUGCUCUCGAUUUAUCUCCGACAAUAUCUCCUCUUGAGGUCUUCUUCCCUGUCGGUCUACUUGCCUUACUCUCGCUCUUAUAUGCUAGUAUUGUCGCAUCUGCGCCUAAUCAGCACAGCGAUCCAUCAUUCAUUAGAAGGCAAAGAAAUAAGAGGAAAAAGCCCCAAAAAUAUUCUCCCCUCGACGGGGACUCUGAAGAUGACGUGAGCCGAGAAGAUCACGCCCUUUUAAGUGACGAGGACCUCAAGCCCCGUCGGCGACGACGAGCCCAUUUGAAUGACAUGAACGAAGAGGACGUGGCCUCCUUGUCUAGCGGUUCCAGCGACGAUGAAGCAAACCCCGGGCCAGCCAAAGCUUUAGGACUUUCCUUAAAGAUCAGCGUUAUGUUAUACGAUGAGAUGGGCGGAAACUACCAUAAGUUAGAGAUGACGCUGGCUCAGAUAGCGCACAUGGUCAUUAGUAAGAUCAACCACAGGCAAUGCAACCGCCGCUUUUUUGUGCUCGGCUGCUUUGGCUGCUUCCUGUCCGCCGUAAUACCGUCCGCCUAUCGGUUACAACAAAGGGCUCUUGUUCCGAUCGUUAUGGAGCAUCCACUCAGUGAAAGAUUAUUGUCGGUGGUUGCAGGAAAAACUUUGACUACUACUUUAGUAAUCAUGUCCAGUUUCUUCACGACUUUUUUUAUGGGCUAUUGUCUGAUAUUCUUUUUGGCUGUCGCCGAAUACUCUUACUUUCAACGUUAUCUGCGGGCCAAAUAUUUUUCUUCUCUAACUUCUUCGAGGCGUUCUCGAUAUUACGGUUUGCCGCAUUUCCGGCUUAGUAAGGUCUCAAAUGUCAAAACGUGGCUUUCUUUGAGGUCUUUUUUGAAGAAAAAAGGGCCUCAAAGGAGCGUGGAUCUGAUUGUUUCCUCGUCCUUUCUGCUAGCCUUUGGCCUCAUAGGCACAAUUUCCUUUAAGGCCGCUACCUCGGCUACUGGCCUACUGGCCACGAAUAUGUAUGAUUGGCAGAUUAUCACGUGGGCAUUCUUACUUUCAGUGUUCCUUUUGCGCUUUAUGACUCUCGGAAGCCGUAUCAAUAGAAAGUACCAAAACACUUCCGUCCUUCUCACAGAGCAAAUUAAUGUCUUUUUACGGAUGGAGCAAGCCCCUCACAAAAAGGAUGAACUGGCCAUUUGUAAUAACAUCUUAAAGUUAGCCACUAAGCUUCUAAAGGACUUGGAAUCCCCUUAUAAGAUCUCUGGAAUGUCCAUGUCCCCCUUACUUUUCAAUAUCACCAGGUUUAUCAAGCAGCAAAGAGUAAUGUAAAGACGGAAAUUUUUCAUAUACACACGUGUAUAUAUAGGGUUGUAGUAUUAUCAGCUUUCUCUUC